AUGGGAGCUGCCGGAGCCGAGGAGUGGGGCUUCAGGCGCCGGCACCACACAGAGCCCCCCUCCCCCCCCCAUAUCCAAGAGCCAGAGGGACCUCCCAGGCAUAAGCGGCAGGUCUUGAUAGCAGAUGACUACUCUGAUCCGUUUGAUGCCAAGAGUGAGCUGAACAAAGCGGUGAAAGGAGAAAACACUGGCUACAUGGAACCUUACGAAGCCCAGAGGAUAAUGAGUGAAUUUCAAAGGCAAGAAAGCGUGAAGUCCCAGCAGAAAGGCAUUCAGCUCUAUGACACGCCCUAUGAACCAGAAGGCAAUGGCGUGGAGUCAGACACUGACAGCUUGGUGAGCCAGCGCUUGCGAGAGAGCAAGCUGCCACAGGAUGACGACAGGCCCGCAGAUGAAUACGAUCAGCCCUGGGAGUGGAACAAAGUCACAAUCCCAGCCUUGGCAGCCCAGUUUAACGGGAAUGAAAAAAGGCAAUCUUCUCCUUCACCUUCAAGUGACAGGCGUCGACAGCUCCGAGCGCCAGGAGGUGGCUUCAAACCCAUCAAGCAUGGCAGCCCGGAAUUCUGUGGGAUCCUGGGAGAGAGAGUAGAUCCAACUGUGCCACUGGAAAAACAAAUAUGGUAUCAUGGCGCGAUCAGUCGGACAGAUGCAGAAAACCUGUUACGGCUGUGUAAAGAAUGUAGCUACCUUGUGAGGAAUAGUCAAACAAGCAAGCAUGACUAUUCUCUUUCCUUAAAGAGCAGUCAAGGUUUUAUGCACAUGAAACUGACAAAAACCAAAGAGAAAUACAUCCUGGGUCAGAACAGCCCCCCGUUUGACAGCGUUCCAGAAGUCAUCCACUACUAUACCACCAAAAAGCUGCCCAUCAAGGGCGCAGAACACUUGUCUCUGCUUUACCCUGUAGCUGUCCGGACCCUAUAACACUCCAAUCUCACUCCUUCCUGUGGAUGGGAGGUGACAAGCAAGCAAAGAAGCAGGAAUUAAUGCUGCAUCGAUGACCAGAACUCAGAAACUCGAAGUUGAAAUGGAGAUGUCCUGCCUUUCAUUUCUGAUGUGCGCUGGCUGGCUGAAAACUGUGAGCCAGUCCUGUGUGUAUGAUACUCUUGCACUACUGUGUUUCUAUUUCCAUGUGAUGAGACCAGAGAACCUUCCUAGGGGAUGUUUCUGUGAAUGAAAAAAGGUUUCCAAAUUCAAAGAACUGCCAUCAAGGGUAAAUAAAGCCAACAUCUUCCUUCAAUCAGGAAACUUCAAGGAUAUUUGUUCUUUCACUCUCCUGACUUGAUACCUGUGUAUGAUCAAAUAAUCUUCCACCGGUGACAUGCUGUCCUUAACAGACACUCAAAUGGAUGCAGAUUCUUUCAGGGCUCAAGGAGAAAUCAGCACAUGACCGGCUUAACAUCCGAGUCCUUGCAGCGCUGCUCACUCACCCCACGUUAGUCUCUCUCUUCACGCACAGCUUGUCAGGAUGAUUCAAACACAGAAGUCUUUUGUCUCACACAGUGUGACUAGGAGAUCUUAAUGAGUAAUUUUACAAUAGUAAAAUGUGUUUGAUUAUUUAUGAAUAGGGUAUGUAAUUAAAAUAGUGGUUUAAUAUAUAUAUUUUUAUCGUUUUUUGGUACAUUAAUAAAUCUCUGAGGGUUACUGAGUUCAUUUUGCAAGUGUCAUUCCUAGAUCGAGGCAGGCAGUUGGUUCUCAUUGUCCGCUGUGCCAGUGCAGCGGGCGCUGAUGUGUCAGCAGUGGCAGUACGUCAUCUGAAUGUGACAACAUGCUGGGUUUCAGAGGCCACGCUUCUUGUGCUCAUUUUAUCUGGGCAAAUAAUAGUCCCACUAGGGCAACUGACCAGCUGCAUCCAACAUCCUUUCCACCUCUGGCAUGGAAGAGCAUGUAGUGGAUGGGUUUUCCAGUCUCCAAGAGAGACGUACAGUGUGUAGGAAAAUGUGGCUCUAUGGCACUGCGUGUUACGGGGAAUUCUUGAAACUUGCAUGUGAAGAGCCUGGUGCCCCUGCAUAUGAAACUACUACAGUCACUGGCAUUUCCUCCCCCAAUAGAAUAUCCAGAGACAUGGAGUUUAAGGCCAGAAGCAAUCACCAGAUUAUCCCACUGACA